GUGGUGUCUAGAGGAAGCGGAAGUGUCAGAGCAGGCGGAAGUGGUACUGCCCUGAAUACCCUGAGCAGCGAGCGGAGGACGGCUUGAGAAACUCCCAUCCUUGAGCGAAUAAAAUCCUAAGCACGCUAAAUCCUACAAUAUGGAGAAGACUGACCUGGUGCAGAAAGCCAAGCUGGCAGAGCAGGCCGAGCGCUACGACGACAUGGCGGCUGCCAUGAAGUCUGUGACGGAGCAGGGUCAGGAGCUGAGCAACGAGGAGCGCAACCUGCUCUCUGUGGCCUACAAGAACGUGGUGGGUGCUCGCCGUUCGUCCUGGCGUGUCAUCUCCAGCAUCGAGCAGAAGACGGAGGGCAACGAGAAGAAACAGCAGAUGGCCCGUGACUACCGCGAGAAGAUCGAGUCUGAACUCCAAGAAAUCUGCAACGACGUGCUGAACCUGCUCGACAAAUUCCUCAUUCCCAACGCGUCUCAGGCAGAGAGCAAGGUGUUCUACCUCAAAAUGAAAGGAGACUACUACAGAUACCUGUCAGAGGUGGCCUCUGGGGAUGCGAAGAAGACAACGGUGGAAAACUCUCAGAUGGCCUACCAGAACGCCUUCGACAUCAGCAAGAAGGACAUGCAGCCGACACACCCCAUCCGGCUGGGCCUGGCCCUCAACUUCUCCGUCUUCUUCUAUGAAAUCCUGAACUCGCCCGAGCAGGCCUGCUCUCUGGCCAAGCAGGCUUUCGACGAGGCGAUCGCUGAGCUCGACACCUUAAACGAGGACUCGUACAAAGACAGCACGCUGAUCAUGCAGCUACUAAGGGACAACCUUACUCUGUGGACAUCAGAAAACCAGGGAGACGAGGCUGAACCUGGCGACGGAGACAACUAGAGCGCACUU